AUGGAACAUACNCCUCAACAGCGGGCCAGACCCGAGUCCAUUGCCGCUCGCAACUUCUCAGAUGAUCUGGAUUCUCUCUUUGGCUUGAACUCGGGCACAACUCUCGGCAACCUCUCAUUCACCGUCCAAGAGAAGUCAGCAUGCCAUUCCAUGAACCAACACCAUCAGCCCAAGCUAACCCGAAUACAGNNAAAGCGCACAGUAUCAACCCGAGAAGAAGAACUCGCUGCCAUCGAAGCACGCCUACGCGAAACAGAGGAACGUCUAGCAAGAGCUGCCCACAGUCCCGACCACGAAUUCACAUCACAUCAAUCUGCUUCGGGUGCUCAGCCAUCCUAUGCCUCAAGAGAAGCCGCUCCCAAACAAACAUCUGGCUACCAAUCCUACUCGGAACAAGGAUACCAAUCAAGACCGCCAAACAACAGAGAAGAGUCGUUUCAACCUCACAUUCCUGGUGCCAUGCCCAAGACCCCUACACCACACUAUGGUCAGGGACAGGACUAUGUGAUGGUCGAUCGUACCAGAUGA